UCGAUCAAUAGAUGCCGAGUUCGGUGGGACUGCCGUCGCUGUCGUACCAGUCUGGCCUGCUGCUCGGCGGCAUAAGUAAUUAUUAGCAAGCAUGGCGACUGCUCAGUAAAAAACGUUUACGACCAAAUAUAUACGAAAAUUUUCGUAUUUGUGCCCUUCGAUUAUUAAUAAGGGGCAUAAAAACCGUUUUAAAUGUUCCUGUUCAAGACAGAAUCGAACAGUCAGACUGAUGUGCUGCCGGGGGUUCAAAACACGCAAUAGUCCUUCGCAGAAAACUUCGUUGCGUUGGGGCGAUUGUUGUCUGUUUCAGUCCUAAGUCAACGUUUCUAAGCCAGGGCCAUAAGCAAAUAAAAAUUAAACCCUUGUGUUUAGCAUCAAGCCAAGUCUUAUGUUACAAAAGUUACCUAUAAAUCUGUUUACGAAAUAGUAUUUCAAAAUACAUAUCCUAUUUAUAUUUGUUUAAAUUUUGUUGAUUAUAUUUCUAAUAAUAUAUUUCUUUAAUUAUAAUAGCAAUACAUAAACUAUUUGACGGUUUUAUGUAUAAACGAGUUUAUUAAUUUAAAGUGACAUAUAUUAAUUUAAAAAAAUUACCCGCAUUUUGUGAGUUGUUUGUGAGUAAACAUCACAUAAAAAAAAAUCUUUCAAAAUGAAUGUUGUGGGAGUGAUAUCUAUAGUUUUUUUUUACUGCCUAAUACUUAUGGUAGGAUUAUGGGCAGGCAAGAAAAAACACACGGGAAAUUCGGAAGCUGAAGUAAUGCUGGCUGGCCGGAACAUCGGUCUUUUUGUCGGCAUUUUCACGAUGACAGCUACAUGGGUUGGCGGAGGAUAUAUAAAUGGGACGGCUGAGGCAAUUUACACGUCGGGUCUUCUUUGGUGUCAAGCACCCUUCGGAUAUGCCUUGAGUCUUGUUUUUGGUGGAAUUUUUUUUGCCGACCCAAUGCGUAGACAGGGGUAUGUUACUAUGUUAGAUCCUCUUCAAGAUUGCUUUGGCGAACGGAUGGGAGGACUAUUAUUUUUGCCAGCUCUCUGUGGCGAAGUCUUUUGGUCCGCUGGAAUAUUGUCUGCAUUAGGAGCUACUUUGAGUGUAAUUAUUGAUUUAGAUCAAAGUACUAGUGUGAUCUUAAGUUGUUGUAUUGCUGUUUUCUAUACCAUAUUUGGAGGAUUAGCUAGCGUCGCUUAUACUGACGUCAUUCAAUUAUUUGCUAUUUUUAUUGGAUUGUGGUUAAGUGUACCAUUUGCAUUGGCUAAUAAAAAAGUAGAUUUCAACACUCCAGGACUAGAUUUAAUUGGUGAAAUACAACCGAAGGACUUCUUUAGCUAUGUGGACUAUGCACUACUUUUAGUUUUUGGUGGAAUUCCAUGGCAAGUUUACUUCCAGCGUGUAUUAUCAAGCAAAUCUGCAUCUCAAGCUCAAAUACUUUCAUAUGUAGCAGCUUUCGGUUGCUUUAUUAUGGCUAUUCCCCCAGUAAUUAUUGGAAUGGUUGCUAGAGCAACAGCUUGGAAUGAAACUCAGUAUAAUGGUCCUAUGCCCAUGACACCCAAAGAAACGAGCAUGGUUUUACCCAUGGUUUUGCAGUAUCUAACGCCUGAGUGGGUAGCUUUUUUCGGAUUGGGUGCUAUAUCUGCAGCUAUAAUGUCAUCAGCUGACUCGAGUGUUUUAUCUGCUAGUUCUAUGUUUGCUCGAAAUAUUUAUCGCAUGUUAUUCCGUCAAAGUGCGUCUGAAAUGGAAAUCGUUUGGGUUAUGCGAUUGGCAAUUGUUGUUGUUGCAUUUUCUGCUACCACCAUGGCUUUAACAAUUCCGUCUAUUUAUGGAUUAUGGUCUAUGUGUUCUGACCUUGUUUAUGUAAUACUUUUUCCCCAACUAGUAAUGGUCGUUCAUUUUAAAGAACACUGUAACACUUAUGGAUCUCUUGCUGCUUAUAUAGUUGCAUUUUAUAUUCGUAUGGCCGGCGGUGAACCUCUUCUCGGUUUAGCUCCUAUGAUUCAUUUCCCAGGUUGGGAUGGCGAAAAACAACUGUUUCCAUUUAGAACUACCGCUAUGCUCUGUUCACUUUUCACAUUGGUUUUUAUUUCGUGGUUAACGAAAUACUUAUUCCAUAAUGGUUUACUAGCACCUCAUUACGAUUGGUUCAAUUGUGUAGUGAAUAUACCAGAUGACGCUGUACACGUUGGAGAACCUCACGAAGGUGAACCAAUGACCACAUUAACAGCAGGUUCAACUGGAGCAAAAUAUGGUGCAGCCAUUGUAACAACUGGUUUAGUGGGAAAAGAUGAACGCAAUGGUAGGAUAAAUCCUGCCCUGGAUAUAAAUGACGACGGACCUACUGGACAACAAAAAAAAGCCAGUAUCGUUGGUUUAACAUACAAACAGACGACUACCGGGUUUUAAAUGGGUCAGAUCUCAAUGGGACUUGAUUGUAGGAAAAUAAAAUAUUAAAACUCUAGGUACUAAUUUUAUGAAUGCAUAUCAAAUAUUUACAAAGCUAUUCUAUAACCCCAUGCUCUAUUCUUCUUCCCUAGGUUAAAAUUUGAUGGACAUAAUACUUAUGUGAUUCACAUGUAAUGUUGUUUGACUGUUAGUGAAUUAGUAUAAUAAUGUAUUAACGCAGUAUUACUAAACACUGUACCUGUCACACGUUUGAUGUUUUACUACCACUUUAUCUUCCAAACAUAAAAAACAUAUUAAUAUUAUUGUAAUAAUAAUACUUAAUUGAUAAAUAUUUACUAUAAAUUAACGAUUAUAAAAGUAUAUAAAAGUUAUAGACUAAUAGUAAACUACAUAAUAAAUGCCAACUGUUAUAAUUUAUUUAAUAAGAAAAAAAGCAAUUAAGGAUGGGCAUUCAAAGUUAAUUAAAAAAGAAGUUAAUGACGUAUAAUACACCAUAUAUAAGGAUUUUAAGUAGUUAGAGUUUUAGCUACUAAAAUAAUGUUACGUAAUAAAGUUGUUAAUGUGAUUGUUGAGCUUUUUUU